CGCGACGGCCUCGGCUGCGGGGCCGUGGAGGGGCUGCGCACCGCGGAGCGUGUGCUUCCCGCUGCUUUGCCCGCCCGGAGAGCUGCUUGUCGGCGUGUGCGCUCAGCAGGGUCGCAGACAAGGGGGUGAAGCCCCACGUCUCCAUAGCUAGGAGCCUCCUUGGAAACAUCCAGCACUCGCUCUCGGUUCUGUGUGGAAAAAUCACGGCCGUGGUGCCCCUGGGCUGGCGUGAGGAGGGCUGCGGGCCUGUGCCGGCUGCGGGGAGAGUUUCUCUCCCUGCCUCAAACACUGCAGGGGCAGCCACAUCAUGGUUCAAUGCAUGCGAAUUAGGUCCUGGUUUUGUUUGAUGGAGCGAAGUUUAACGGGUACGUCCCACUCCCCGUAAAGGUUUUUCAGCUGUUCCGCUUCUGGAGUGCUACUGUUACUGCAAGGUUGGGGAGAAGGCUGGUGGAGUUGCUGGUGUCUGUGUUGACUUGAUCCUUUUUCCCCUGGAUACUGUAAAAACAAGACUGCAGAGUCCUCAAGGAUUUAGGAAGGCUGGUGGUUUUCGUGGCAUCUAUGCUGGUGUUCCUUCCACUGCUAUAGGAUCCUUUCCAAAUGCUGCUGCAUUUUUUAUCACCUAUGAGAAUGUGAAAUCCAUGCUGCACCAUGGCUCUACAUCUUACUUGACUCCAGCAACACAUAUGGUGGCUGCCUCCCUUGGGGAAGUGGUUGCAUGCCUCAUACGGGUUCCAUCUGAGGUUGUCAAGCAAAGGGCCCAGGUUUCUCCUUCCUCAAGUACCCUCCGGAUUCUCUCCCACACCUUGUAUCAUGAGGGUAUUCAAGGACUUUAUCGGGGUUAUAAAAGCACAGUAUUAAGAGAGAUUCCUUUCUCUCUGGUACAAUUUCCCCUCUGGGAGUCCUUAAAGGAUCUCUGGUCAUGGAAGCAGGGUCACGUGGUGGAUUCUUGGCAGUCAGCAGUCUGUGGAGCUUUUGCAGGUGGAUUUGCAGCUGCAGUCACCACACCUCUCGAUGUAGCGAAGACGAGAAUUAUGUUGGCAAAGCUUGUUUGCAGGUGUUGUCCCACGGAUGGCAGCCAUCAGCCUGGGAGGCUUCAUCUUCCUGGGGACAUACGAGAAGACUCGCCAGCUGCUGCUCUGACCCAGCCCGGCCGGUCCUGCCGGUGGCCGCCGAAGAGCCGGAGAAGCCGCCGAGUUGGAGGAGGAGUCCGCCCGCGAACGCAGCCUUCCUCCGGUCGCCCCUUCGCCGUGCCGCAGCAGCUGUUCAGCAGGCUGAGAGCUGCCUUCGCUGCUAAAGAAAAGUAAAUCCUCCAAUAAUCCAAUUUCCCAAACAUGAAAUUUUCCUGCAUGGAAAGUGAGUGAGGUCAUUGUGAGAGUUGUGCCAAAAAAGUAAUGUUUGGGGGGGGGGGGGGGGGGGGGGGGGGGGGGGGUAAACAGCUAAUUACGGUUGCUGAGAAAGGCGUUAUUAGAACUCCUGCAGGGGAAGUGUUUUGCAAACCUCCAGAUCGUGGGCUGAGCUGAAAUAAAGCAAGUUUUCAUAA